UGAUGCUUGACAAAGUGUCCACAUAGGUCUCGAUGAGCGGUCUCGAAGUUGCAGGCGUUGUUCUUGGAGCGUUUCCACUGAUCAUCUCCGCCCUGGAGGAUUGGCGCGAGGUGGCCAACGUUGGGGGCUUCUUCUUGCGAAUACGGAAAGAGUUUAAGAAAUGCCUCAGAGAUGUGCAGUAUCAUGAGAUUCUGUACAAACGAAAUCUGAAGGCACUAUUGUCCCCGCUGAUUCAUGACGAGGCCGAAACGAAACGACUAAUUGACGACCCGGGGGGUCAAGGUUGGAGUGACGGCAAUUUGCAGAAACAGUUACAAGGGCAACUCCAAGAAGCCUAUGAAGUCUACUUCGCAAUCGUCGUUGAAAUGAAUGAGACAGCCGAAGAACUCAAGGAAGAGCUAGCAAUGGGAAAGUCGGAUGUUCAAGCCAAGCUCAAGUCCCCGGAAGCAAAGAACCCACAGCGCCCCUCGACUCAAUCGAAGAGCAAGGCAGCUAAAAUUGCAUCGGUUAAGUCUAAAUGGGACUAUGAGAGCUAUCGAGUCAAGUUCAGUUUCAAUGAACCUGUAAGAGAUAGGCUUUUUGGGAAGUUGGCGGAGUGCAAUAGCCGCCUGGAGAAGCUGCUCAGUACAAGUUUCAAAUCGCCUCUACUACAAUCACCAACACCUCCCGAAAACAGGAAGGAUAUUUCAACGCUAGAGAUUUCCCUCAAGAAGGCAUUCAACAAGGCAGAUUGGCUGUUCAAAGCACUGCAGAAAGCGUGGCAGUGCUCGUGCCAACAAUAUCAUUAUGCAAAUCUACGGCUCGAACAUAGAACCCUCCCAGAAACAUGUUUUGAGAUCAUUCUCAUGUUCGUAGCCCCGUUAUCACGAAACACUACACAUUGGUCAUGGAAAGAGCUACAAUGUGGUCACCAGCCUAGCUGUUCGUUCGGCCAACAACUCAAACCACCACUUGUCCUGCGCCCUGCGCUGCAACCCACGAUGAACAACCGCAAAGCCAAGGGGAAAGGGGUUGUCAUCUCUCCAAAUGUCUGUCCGGUCUCAACGAUCCAACUAGAUGUCUCCACUGCCCCGAAUCCUACUCUUUGCCAGAACCUCGGCGACGAGCAAUGCCAGCAGUGUUUGGGGAUAGUUGGACACGAUGGCGAAACAUACCACUUGCACCCAUCUACGAAACGAAAGCAACCUGGUGAGAACGGUCCACUUACCCUGGACCAGAUUCUUUCGUUCGACUACGAGAAAAAGCUCACCCGACGUCAGCGCUAUGCGAUCGCAUUACUUUUGGCUUCAUCCGUUGCACAACUACAAUCUACACCCUGGCUCCGGAAUGGUCUGAAGAAGGAGGACGUUCAAUUCUUCCCUUGCGAACACGAUGACUAUGACGAUGACGUUCUAUUUCACGAGCCAUUCAUCAGCCAGGGCUUUCUUGACCCGCCGAACGAUGCAUCGAUGAGCAGCUCAAACGAGCACAAUUUUCAGUCACUCGGGAUACUGUUACUGGAGCUCUGUUUUGGAAGAAGGCUGGAGGACCACCCAUAUCGAAGGAAACUCCCGGAAGAGACUGGCGACGCGAAGCAAGCAUUUGACCUGGUGGCAGCAUUGCGCUGGUCGAACGAGGUGGGAGAUGAGGGCGGUGAGGACUAUGCUUCAGCAGUGAAAUGGUGCUUUAUGAGUGGAAACAUCGCAGAUAAAUCAUGGAGGAGCGAGAUCAUCAAGAAUGUUAUUAGGCCGUUGGAGUCUUGCCAGGAACAUUUCAGGUUGACUGCUAGUAUCUGAAGUGCAUUCCGAUCGGCACGAAGGCCAAGUGGGCUACAAAGCACGAUCUUCACGAUCGUGAGCGUCUAUCGAAUGCAUCGCACAUUGGGUAUUCUCAAUUCUAUUUCCAUGUUGAUUUAGUUCCAAGUUCAAUCUCCAUGAGCUUCCGUUGGGCACAUCGCAUAUUGAGCUUUUGUUUUGAUUUCAAAAUCAAGUCAUCAGACAGCGGUGAAGGCAUCUAGUCCGUCCUUGAUCGUGUCGCAUCGAUGGGAAAUGUGACUAGAGACGUGCGUAACACUCGCAUUAGUUCUACAAUAGUAAAUUUAGUCUACCAAA